UGUUCCGCCUACUGGCGGUCCUCGGACUUCACACAGACAGUUGUGUGUUUAUAAAAAAUGCUCUCUGAUGCGGCAACUCUCUCCAACUGCGCAUCAUCUACAUCAACUGUUCCAAGAGAACGAUUUUCAGCUGCACACCCAUUUGUCUACACUGGCCGGCAUUCACACAAUCUACCACACCCUGCACAGGCUGAACCUGACGGAGGACGUUGGACAUAACGGUCACUCCACAGCCUGCUGCUCCAGAGCCAUGCCUCCUAGGAAAAAGAGGAGACCCACUGCUGGAGAUGACCUGUCAGCUAAGAAGAGUCGCCAGGACAGUGUUUUUAGAAAACAUGAGGCACCACAAAUCCGAGAGGAGGAGACCUUCUCCAGUAAAAGAUGUCUGGAGUGGUUCUACGAAUACGCAGUCUGUGACGAUGUUGUGGGGCCAGAGGGAAUGGAGAAGUUCUGUGAAGACAUUGGAGUGGAACCCGAAAAUGUGGUGAUGCUGGUUCUGGCCUGGAAGUUAGAUGCCCAGAGUAUGGGCUACUUCACCCUACAGGAGUGGUUGAAAGGCAUGGGCUCCCUGCAGUGCGACUCCACAGAGAGGCUGAGGAACUCCCUGGACUACCUGAGGUCUGUCCUAAACAACACCAGCAACUUUAAGCUCAUUUACAGAUACGCCUUCGACUUUGCUCGGGAAAAGGACCAGAGGAGUUUAGACCUGAACACCGCCAAGUGCAUGUUGGGGCUUCUCCUGGGAAAGACUUGGUCACUGUUUCCUGUGUUCAAUCAGUUUUUAGAGCAAUCCAAGUAUAAGGUCAUCAACAAAGACCAGUGGUGCAACGUUUUAGAGUUCAGCAGGACAAUCAACCUGGAACUCAGUAACUAUGAUGAGGAUGGAGCCUGGCCAGUUUUGUUGGAUGAGUUUGUGGAAUGGUACAAAGAAAGAGAGAUGUCAUAGCAUCAGGUACACUGCAACAAACGUCAACAAAACAACAUAAUACGACGACGACGGCUAUGAGAAAACAAACUAUACAAAAUGGAGAGGUGCGUGUCAGCGAUGACAGGUGGUGCUUCCAGGUAAUGAUUGCAGGGGGGUGUAAGAUACAAAACUGGGUGUAAACUGCCCUGGCGAGAUUGGGAUGUAGAUUACUUAUGGUCACUAUGGAGACGCCAACUAUGUCCGGGUAAUGUUCCCUACCCAUGUUGCAUUGUGGUUAAGCACAUGGCAGACCCUGUGGUGUUGCAUCCCCUCACUGUGUGCUGUGUGAUAGGAUAACUGUUCUCAUGAGUGGCUGACGUGGCCUAAAUGGUAAUUAGAGAAAAAUCCACUCUUCAACCCCUCGCUCCCGUGAGGAGGAAUUAAACAAACAAAAUCCCUCCCUUUUGAACAGUCGGUCUUCGUCUUAAAUCAAGGUCACUUUGACCUGGGCACAUUUGAAUAUUGUAUAUCCGUGCUUUGAACUUGAUCUGUGCUUGUCUCUUUAUAACCUACAGAACCCAUCGUUUCUAUCAGUUUUGUCCUAUAUUUGGGUUGAAUUGGAAUUCUUAAAGAAGUACAUUGUCAGGCUGAGUGUUACAGUAGUUGUUCUUUUAGCCAUGGUCCCUAAAGCUGUUACAGAUGGAGGAUGACACCUCCACAGUUUACUAUAACUAAGUCAUUUGUGCCAGUGAUUUGAGCCCCCAGUGGUUUUCAUCCCCAUGCUCACUAUGAUACCACCAGCCUGUGCUAAAGUAUUUUAGCCCCCCGCGAAGGCUUCAGUUGACCUCAUACCACAACUAACCAAUCAGCAGUGCUACCUAUAAACUCUUAUUACAGUGCAGUGGUCAGUUGUUAGUGGACUGGCCAGCAUUCAUGGUUUACGUGACCAAUCUAUGUUUCUAAGCUGUAGGUUUGUACGUUUUUUUUCUCAACAUUUUUUCUGGAGUUUGCUUUACUUGCUCAACACACCCGUGUGCGCGCACACACAGUGGUCAGGGAUUAGAUCAGGAUGAAAUGAGACUUUUGGGCUUAUCAUUCAAGAGGUCUCAAAACCAUGGACAUUGAAGGGUUAGAGUUAGACCAUGGACAUUGAAGGGUUAGAGUUAGACCAUGGACAUUGAAGGGUUAGACCAUAGACAUUGAAGGGUUAGAGUUAGACCAUGGACAUUGAAGGGUUAGAGUUAGACCAUGGACAUUGAAGGGUUAGAGUUAGACCAUGGACAUUGAAGGGUUAGAGUUAGACCAUGGACAUUGAAGAGUUAGACCAUAGACAUUGAAGGGUUAGAGUUAGACCAUGGACAUUGAAGGGUUAGACCAUAGACAUUGAAGGGUUAGAGUUAGACCAUGGACAUUGAAGGGUUAGACCAUAGACAUUGAAGGGUUAGGGUUAGACCAUAGACAUUGAAGGGUUAGAGUUAGACCAUAGACAUUGAAGGGUUAGAGUUAGACCAUAGACAUUGAAGGGUUAGAGUUAGACCAUAGACAUUGAAGGGUUAGACCAUGGACAUUGAAGGGUUAGACCAUAGACAUUGAAGGGUUAGAGUUAGACCAUGGACAUUGAAGGGUUAGACCAUAGACAUUGAAGGGUUAGAGUUAGACCAUAGACAUUGAAGGGUUAGAGUUAGACCAUAGACAUUGAAGGGUUAGACCAUAGACAUUGAAGGGUUAGAGUUAGACCAUAGACAUUGAAGGGUUAGAGUUAGACCAUAGACAUUGAAGGGUUAGAGUUAGACCAUGGACAUUGAAGGGUUAGACCAUAGACAUUGAAGGGUUAGAGUUAGACCAUGGACAUUGAAAGGUUAGAGUUAGACCAUGGACAUUGAAGGGUUAGAGUUAGACCAUGGACAUUGAAGGGUUAGAGUUAGACCAUGGACAUUGAAGGGUUAGAGUUAGACCAUGGACAUUGAAGGGUUAGAGUUAGACCAUGGACAUUGAAGGGUUAGAGUUAGACCAUGGACAUUGAAGGGUUAGAGUUUGACCCCUGUGACAAUGCUAUGCUUUUGCUAAUGUUCUUGUAACACAUGUAUAAACUUUUCUCUGGCUGUGAUGUGACGCUCAAUUGUCAUGAGUGAAACGUUGCACGCUCUCCGUCAGAAUGGAUGAGAUUUUUGAAAACUUUUUUUUUUUUUUUGUACAGGAAUUUGUGCUUCAUUUGAUAUCCUCCAUGUUGUCUUAAUGCUUUAUGAAAACCAUUAUUGUGUAUAUUUAGAGCUGAAACACACAUGUAACCUCAUUUGAGGAAGAGGAGUUCCCUUCUUCAUUUACCAACCCCUCCCCCUAUCACACACAGUAAAAACAACAAAGUCAGUCUCUCAAACAAAUGGACAUGAACUGAAAUUAACAUGAGACUGCGUUGUAAGAAUGAUGUCAGAUCUUUUGACAUGUCAAACCCAGUGGCAUCUUAUCCACAACUAAAGCAUAUACAGUAAAUGGAUCAAUUUAUGAAGUAGUAAGGUCACAUGAGAUCUCCACGAUGCUUUGGCUUCCCUGUCCAGUCAUCAGUAUAUUUGUCUAUAUUAGGUUUUUGGAGAUGGAGCUAGUGGCUGGACUGCACACUAAUAAGUCUAAUUCAGAUGGUGUUCUACAUUGGUAAUGCAGGAGGUUGAACAACCCUGUCCUGACUAUAUGUAUGUACAGUAUGUGUUUUCACUGUAACCUACAGUAUCUCUAUAUUAACUUACUGUUGUCAUUCAUUUUUGCUUUGCCAUCUUCCUUUACAGAAAGAUUCAAAUGUGGUUUGUGAUGAGAUGUUCGUUGUGUGUUUUUAAAUUGCACAGGAUCAUGUUUGAUUCCGCUACUGUAGGCCUAAUGUAUUUUUACUAUUGCAUUACCACAGUAAUUACCACGUCAUGUGUGCACCUUAUUAUCCAGGUACCCAUAGAUCAACUGAUAUAAAAACAUCAAACACAAUAUGGGCGACUUUCAUUACAGGUUUAUUUAUGAUAGUGUCAUGAAGAGGAUUUUGUAGCAAAAUAGAGGGGAGUAGGGUACUGGGUGAGUAAAGUAGGUGGAUAUGAAUCUGGGAAAUUGGGUUUUAAUGGUCCCACCUUUUAUUUGCCUCAGUCUGAAAUAAUUCAGUCACUUAAACAGCUAUUUUCAUUAAGACAAACAUGUCUGGUGUUACUCAUUUACAACAAUGUAAUAACAGUAUAAUUCUGUAAAAUAAAAAACUUACGUUUUAACAACUUUCA